UACAGAUGUGAAGUGCAGUAGAGAGUAAAGGUAUAAGACAUUUGAAAAGAGAAUUACAUUUAGAUAAAUUUCGUGCUGGUUUAUUUUAGCCCAGCUGCAAAACCACUACUUAAUACAGGUACUGUCUGCGUUUCCUCCAAGAACAUACUUUUCUUUGAGUAUACUUUUAAAAAAAAAAUAAUUAAAUAAUUAAAAAAAAAAAAAAAAAAAAAAAAAAAAAAUGAAGGCUGUUGUUAGUCCCGGUUGCCCGCAAAAGGAUUCUUCUAACUGCAGUGAGCUUGCCUUGCGGUGUUUAUCGGAGCACAGCUUCAGCAUCGCCCGGUGUAAAAUGGAAGAGGACGCCGUAUGCCUGCAAUAUGACAUGAAUGACUGUUACAGCAGGUUGAAGCGGCUCGUGCCAACCAUUCCGCGGGAUAAGAAGGUGAGCAGAGUAGAAAUCCUGCAGCAUGUGAUAGACUAUAUAUUGGAUCUGCAGUUUGCUCUGGACGCUCACCCAGUUCUGUUGAGUCAACAACGUGGAAACUGUCCGUCUGCCAACCGCAGGGCACCAUUGUCAGCUCUGAACACCGACCAGGCAAGCUCCAUAAUAAAAAAACAAGAAGACAGUAUUUUUUGUCGUUGAGAAUUCUAAUGGUGUGCAGAAAGCAGAUCCAAUGCCAGAAAAAGCUGGAGAGGGAAACUGGAGAAAAAUCAGAGGGAAGGAAUGCAUCAGACACAAACAAAGCAAGAAACCAACAUCCAAAAUUAAUAUCAUUUAACUGAUUUAUAGCAUUUAUUAUGAGCUAGAGAGAGUAAAAGGGUUGAGGUUGAGGAGAUGCCAUCCACAAGAGAAAGACUUAAAAUGGUUGAAUUAUUUGCUAACACCAAUAGAAGAUGCAAAUCCUGGUUUAGAAUUUUAGUGUUUUUUUUUUUUUUUUUUUUUACUCUACUAAAGAUUCAAUUUUAAAGCUUUACUAACUUAUGGAAGAAUUGUAAAUGUUUUUACAUCUGUUGUUUAUAAAUAGAUGAUUGUGGGACCAGGGAAAUGCUUAUUUUCCCUGUAAGAAAUUGUUAAAUAUUGUAUAGAAGGAUAAUGAAUUUCAACCACUAAUAUUGUGUAUAUAUAGAGAGAUGUUCUAUAAGUGUAAUGUGGAAAAAUAUCUAUAUGCUAAAAUAGACUACUGUAAUUAUAAGAUAUUUUUAUUAAAAAAACAAUGCUUUUUUUUGUAAAUAGUGUGUAUUCUCAUUUGUAUGUUUGUUGGAUGAAUCCAUAACGUUUUUCAAAUAAAGUGUUAAAUAUCA